UUUAACCAAUCUAAAGGAAAACUUAAUACCAAAAUAUUCCAAAGAUGGAAAAAAUGAGGGGAGAGAUGUUCUUGGAUAGGAUUAGUGAGUCAGUGAACAGUGAGUCAACACUCAAUCGUUUUCUAAUCAAAAUCCCUAAAUACCCAAUCUAACUGAAAUAAUCCUAUGGUUGAAUUUUACAAAUCGUAACUCUACCAAUAAUGGCAAGAUCAAUUACGCGAUUUUCAAAACCCUUAAACUUGUGUCAUCAAUGGCGGUUUCAAAGCUUCCGAUGUCUUUUGCUUGAAUCUGUCUCUGAAUCCGUGAAGCUCCGGCGUCACUCCGAUUCCGAUUCCGGGAUUUUGGAGCUUAACUUAGAUAGGCCAGGUUCUAAAAAUGCUAUUGGGAAGGACAUGCUGAGAGGCUUGCAGCAUAAUCUUGAAAUUAUAAACAAAGACCUCUCAGCCAAAGUUCUGAUGCUCAGUAGUGCAGUUCCGAAAGUGUUCUGUGCUGGUGCUGACUUAAAGGAACGAAAAGCAAUGUCGCCAGAUGAGGCCCAGUCCUUUAUUAAUACUCUUCGAUCCACUUUUUCAUUCUUGGAGGUACUUAAUAUCCCUACUAUUGCUGUCAUCGAAGGAGCAGCUCUAGGUGGAGGAUUGGAAAUGGCAUUGUCAUGUGAUCUACGAAUAUGUGGUGAAGGUGCUGUAAUGGGCUUGCCAGAGACUGGACUUGCUAUAAUACCUGGAGCAGGGGGCGCACAAAGGCUUGCUAGAUUAACUGGAAUAUCUAUUGCGAAGGAACUUAUAUUUACUGGUCGUAAAGUUUGUGGCGCAGAGGCAUUAUCUCUGGGUAUCGUUAACUACUGUGUACCUCCUGGUUCAGCAUAUUCCAAGGCUCUUGAAAUUGCAAGGGAGAUAAAACUGAAGGGUCCAGUGGCAGUGAGAAUGGCAAAACGAGCUAUUAAUGAAGGAGUUGAUAUGGACAUGGCUUCAGCUUUAAGAUUGGAAGAAGAGUGCUAUGAACAAGUUCUAACUACCAAAGACCGUUUAGAAGGCCUAGCAGCAUUCGCUGAGAAGCGUAAACCAAGAUACACCGGCGAAUAAGAGUAGUGCAGUUAAAUCUGCCAUCUGGUAGCUUCUUUAGUUGUUAUCAACCUUCUUUUCUGUUGAUGCAGUUAUCAUAUGAGAGCGAAGUAAGAAACUAGGAAGAAAUUGUUCAUUGUUGUACAUAACCAUGCUCAAAGUUCUAAUGUACUGUCUGUAUGUUACUCUAUAGUCUAUACUAGUAUUCUACAGUUGCAUGUCAGUUCUUCAUAAGUUCUCUUAACUCAGAAUCUCCCAAUUGUUGCAAAAUGUAUUCUACAGUUGCAUAUCAAAGGAAAAAUCAGCUUCUAACAGACCACAUUUGUGGAAGAAGGAAGUACUGUGUCUUGCAGAA